CCGACUGUCCCACACCGACCCAGCCAACACACACUCUGCUGUUUACAUGGCACUAAUGGAUAGGAAAUAAAAGUGCUAGUAGGUUGUGCUGGUGAAACGCGGACAUAUAUUUUUUAAGCAAAAUAUCACUUAAUAACACUCCAUCUACUGGGUUCAACAUUACAUCCUUGUUUUCCUCUUGAGUCUACCGGUGUGUAGACAGCUAUGGGUGGGCUGGGAAAUGUACGUCGUGGAGGAAGAUCACCCCCUCUAAUGAUCGGCGCUCUAAUUGCCUGUAUCCUGGUUCUGGGUUUUAACUACUGGGUGUCAAGCUCCCGCAACGUGGAGCUAGAGACUAAGCUGUAUGAGUUGGAGGGCCAGGUGCAGCGUGGGGCAGCAGAGAGAGGAGUAGUGGAGCUGAAGAAGACUGAGUUCCAGGAGGAAAUCCACAGACAGAAGGAGCAGAUUAGCCACAUAGAAAGCCUCUACAAGAGACAACUGGAAGGAUCUCAGAACACCUUCAGCCAAGAGAAGGGCACACUGUUGCAGAACAUUUCCUCCAGUACCAAAACCAUACAGGAACUCAAGGGUCAGGUGAAUCAGCUGAACGAUGACCUGGGGAAGGUUCAGAAGGAGCUGCAAAGUUGCCAAGGCAACAUCAAAAACCUCAACAACAGACUCACUUAUGACAUGACCCAUUGCCAGUCUCAGGUCCUGUCCCAGAAGGAGCUGUGUGAUGAGAGAGUGGCUGCUGCUAAACUUGAAGUUCAGAAGAAAAUGGAAAAGCUCAUCACCCCCUCAGGUGUUUCCUCAAAGCCCGAACAUGCAGUGGCUGAAGCCUCAAAAGAAGACGGAGGAGUCACGACUGGGGCUGAUGCCGUUAAAACAGAAACUCUAGAGGGCAACACAACCCUCUCACAGCCCAACGGAGAGGAUCCAUCUGAACUACUGACCAAUGAGAUUGUCGUGGACAAAGGUCCUAAUACCCCAGUAGACCUGCCUACAGGAAAAGAUCUCUCCAAAAUAGAUUCCCAGUCCAUCCCCUCGGCGGCUGCAGUCAAGCAGGAAACUUUGCUACCACCAGAGGGAGCUGUCCUACCUCAGGAGGGGGAGGCAGAGACCAGUGAGCCUGUAAAGAACAACCUGACAGAGGAAAAAGAGGUGGAGGUGAUGGACGUCCAUGGAGAGGACACUCAGACUGAAGAGGCAGACCCUGUGAUGGACGGCAUGCUGAUGAGCCGGGUGAAGGUAGAGGACGCUCCUCUCAGUCAGAAACCUGAGGAGCCAGAAGAUUAUGACGCAGACGAGCAGGUGGUGGGCGGAGCCGAUUUGGAGAAACAACGGCGGAGUAAACUAGCUGAAAAUAUAGACAAAGACAUGGAGGAGGAGCUGGCUGACUAUAACGGAGACGAUGAGAACGAAGGCGAGUUUGAAGCAGACAAACAGGCUGAGCUCGCCCAGAUCUAAGGGCCAGAGUUGGAGAAGGAGCUUGCACAUCAAACACCUCAGCAACACAGCAGCAGACAGGUUCUCCGAACACAGUGAGCACAAACAAAACCAGAGGAACAUCUUUAUAGGAAAGACUUUGGACUUUAGUUUUGAUUGAUUUAAAGAAUCAUUUGCUUUUUGGAAUGUUUUUUUAAUUUGUCAUCUCUAAAACGAUUAUGUACAAUUUUAUUUAAUUACAAUUGUCAUUUUAUAGCUUGCAAGUUUUCUGUAUCAGAGUAAGCAUAUUUAAGAUUUCAUGUUCAAAUCUGAAAUAUGCAAAUGUCAGCCAAACAUGUACAAUUAUGGUUUCUAAUUGCUAUCAUUCACUGUAUACAUGUAACCCAUGGUGUUUUUAUUGUGAUGAUUGUGCUCACAUUGAUUUCAGUAUGAAAAAGUAAUAUGAAAGUACCCAGUACUUCUAAGUACUACCGCUUACUCAGCUCCUGGUGUUGGUUAAGCGUUAUUUAAGACAUUUCAAGACUUGAAAGAUUGAACAUUUCAACAUCGCUGGGAAUUACUAGGCUUUGACCAUGUGAUUAGAUGUGUUUAUUAUGUUCGCUCCAUAAUGACUGUAACUUGAAUGAUGACACAAAUGUGAUGAUGGUGUGCAGACCCUUAAAGGGCCAUAAGGUGUGUAUUACUGUAAUGUGCUGACUACGGGUCAAUGGCUGGAAUAUGUUAUUUAACAAAAGGUCUGUCAGAGAACGCAAAUGAGGUUUUCCAUAACUGUAGCAAAUGAAGGAGAGUGCUGAGAUUCUAGUUGGACUGCUGAGUACAUCUGUGUCAUUAUGAGGCAGCGGCUUUUCAAGUAAUGUGUAACAGGACAUUUUCGAUCUAUGAGAAAUCAUGUCUAGAUUGUCACUUGAUUGAAUUUGGGAUCAACAUCUGGGAUCAUUUAGAAAAAAAACAGAUUAUAAUGAAGCGAGUUAUUUGAAACAUCUGUACAUUAUUGUCUCAUGCCUUAUUGAUUGUGUGUACAGCAUUAUUUUUCCGAUGUCCAGUUGCUUCUGACACAAUUGAGGUCUAAUUGAGAGCCUCAGUACGAUAACUGAGUUUGCACCUUUACGCUGUGGAUACUGCCUCUGUUGAACUGAAUGGACUAUUUUGUGGGAAGCACAUUUCUUUGAAGGAGGGAAAUUGUGUUUUGCUUUGGGGCUCCUAUUAUCCAUCAGUUGUAAAAAAAAAAACGUUAAGCAUUUUUUAAAUGUAUAAGUCUAUUCAACUGAAAACUGUAUUUGACUGGAAAGUGUGUUUGUGAGUGAAAACAUGAACAUAGGUAUCAGAAAUUAACAAAAAGUUAAAUUGUGUGGCGGGAUCUUUUAUUGCCUUGUGUUUUAUACAGGACGGAGGAUUUUUGAAAGACAUUUUUUCCAGGUAUUUCAUUUAAAUGGUGUUACUAAAUAACCCCACUCUAUCAUGCUUUGACUUAUUCACAGUCCAUUGAAGUAUUUCCAAUGUCUUGAACCUCCAACAUAAACUAUUUUAUAUACAAGUCACAAUCCUAACGUUUUCACACACAUGCUAAAUAAUGGCUUAAUGUCUCAGAAUUAUAAAGUUCAUAAUACCUAUCGUUUCCAUAUGAAUGUAAAGGUUUAGCCAUAAAAACAAAUCCUGGUCUUGAAUGAAUGAUGAUUAGCUUUGAUGAAAUGCAUAAUGAAGAAUAUACAUAUAUUGGACAUUGUUGACCGCAUGAUCCCCAUGAACAAUAAACAUGUCCUAACAUGAUG